AUGGGUGUUUCUCAUCAGAUCGAGUUUGUGCUUGCAGUCUCACAAAUAUCAAGCGGCGAUCACUCCCAGAACCAACACUACAGAGUUACUCUGAAUUCCUACAACUACACAACCUCUUCUUCCUGCUCUGAGUACAAUCUAAAGUAUUCUACCCCAGCAUGGAAUUUUGCAUCUGAAUUUACUUUAGCAGUAGUGAAAACAUUUAUUCCGUCCCUCGUAAUUCCAAAUGAUUUGGUAAAGAAAUCCGACGCCUACAGUAGACAGGCUUAUAAAUGGUCUCUGAAUUCAAACGAAACUGUUCGCGGAAAGCACAUGGAAGAUCAGCGUCCUCGAUCAUCGCCUAGGAAACCGUCACAGGAGCCCUCUCCGGCUGGGCCUACCCCCAGGAGGAGCAAGUGCAGGUUCGCCGUCGACGAUAGUGGAGAUCUGAUAGAGUGCUCCGGCAAGUAUUGCCGGUCAUGCACCGCCGGGAUGAUAGCCGACUGCGUGGCGCUCUGUUGCUGCCCCUGCGCGGUGCUCCACUGCUUCGCUCUGGCGUUCGUCAAAGCUCCGUGGAUGGUGGGGAGGAGGUGCUUAGGGCUGGGGAAGAAGAAGAAGACGAAGAGGAUAGAAGACGACGUCGUGUUGGAGAGGAACCACAGGGAAGCGAACACGAGAAGGGGGUGGGGGGAGGAGGGCAUGCUGGAAAUCGUUUCUGGGGAAGUGGCUUUUGAAGCCGAGAAGGUUUGGAAAGAAAUGUAUGAGAUAGGGCAUUUUGGUUUCUUCCACAGGAAUUCGAAUUGAAUUCACCUGUGCUGCCGUUUCCAUAGUCCGGGUUUUAACCCAGAACCAUCGAAAUUGAAAA